GUGGCCUGGAGUGGCUGAAGCAGCAGCUGUUCCGCCUGGGCGAGGACUGGUACUUCCUGAUGGUCCUCGGGGUGCUCAUGGCCCUGGUCAGCUAUGCCAUCGACUUGGCUGUCGGGAGUGUUGUCCAAGCGCAUGAGUGGCUGUACCAGGAGAUUGGGGACAGUCACCUGCUCCGUUAUCUCUCCUGGACUGUGUACCCUGUGGCCCUCGUCUCUUUCUCUACGGGCUUCUCCCAGAGCAUCACGCCCUCCUCUGGAGGUUCUGGAAUCCCAGAGGUGAAGACCAUCUUGUCGGGUGUGAUCUUGGAGGACUACCUGGAUAUCAAGAACUUUGGGGCCAAGGUGGUGGGCGUGUGUUGCACCCUGGCCUGUGGCAGCACCCUCUUCCUGGGCAAAGUG